UUAAAACAUGGAUUUAGAUGAUGCCCUAGAGAAAAUUGGAGGAUAUGGGAGAUUUCAGAUGCUCAUCUAUGUCUUGAUGGGCCUAGUAAACAUGAGAGGGUGUGCUUUUCUCCUCGGAAUAGCUUUCAUAGGACAUGAACCCCCUCAUCAUUGUAAACUCCCAGAUGGAGUUAACACCAGUUCAGCUAUACCUCUGGUUUACAAACCAGAUGGAACAUCACAUCUAGCUAAAUGUGAGAUGUACAAUAAUGCAUCAAUAGACAAUUCAACAAUACCAUGUCCAAAUGGCUACCAGUAUUAUUUACGUCCUGGAAUGACAACAGUUGUCGCUGAGUGGGACCUAGUCUGCAGGAAGAAUUACCUGGUAGAGCUCUCCACAUCUGUCUUCAUGGCAGGCCUGAUGGCAGGUUCAUUGUUCAUCAGUCCCCUCUCCGAUAAGUUUGGCCGCAAACAUCUACUUCUCAUUUAUAUGUGGAUUCAGACCAUCAUAGCAUUUUCUAUGGCAUUCACCACAGACUACAUACAGUUCAUCGUCCUUAGGUUCUUUAUUGGAGCAUUGAACAGGGGUAUUGCUAUCAUCAGCUAUGUUUUGGUGACAGAGGUGUUUCCACCCAAGCACCGCACACUACCAGGGAUCUCCUUGCAGAUGUUCUGGGCUGCAGGGUACAUGUUACUGGCAUUGCUAGGCUAUUUCAUACCUAACUGGCGCCACUUGGAGAUGGUCAUAUCCCUACCAACAUUGCUUAUGAUCUCUUAUUACUGGUUACUGCCAGAGUCUAUGAGAUGGCUACUUGCAAAGGACAGGGUAGAAGAAGCUGAAGUUAUCUUACAGAGGGCAGCAAAAAUGAACAAGGCCCAUCUUCCUCCAAACUGCCUAUCCCAGCAUGAACCUCUUGAAAUGAAAGACACAGAGGCUCAAACUAUGCUUACUAACUUUGAGCAGAAACCCCGUGUUCGCAAUGAAGAAUGUAAUGCUCCUAUAGAUGUUGAUAACAUGCAAAAUGGUACUGAGCCAUUAUUAGAUAAGAAUAUAAAACUGUCUCAAAGUGAUGAUCCAACUGGAAGUGACAUAGGUGAUGGCCUGAGUAAGCCAGGUGCUAAUGAUACUGACUUGAGUAAGGAAAAUGUAAAGGAUGACAAAGGAAGUGGAGAUGCUGCCACUCCACUUAUAGUAGACACUCCAAGUAAUCCUACUGAACAGGAGAGCCAAAUUGAUGAACACAGAUCUGAUUCCCUGACUCGACCAAGGAAGUCUGGGUUUUUGUUGAUGCUAGAUCUGUUUAGAACUCCCAUCAUGAGGAGGUACACAUUGAUAGUCUGGUAUUUGUGGAUGGUGAAUGCCUUGGAUUAUUAUGGGAUAUCUUUGAGUUCAAGUGCUCUGCAUGGUAACAUGUAUAUCAACUUCUUCCUCAGUGGGCUUGUGGAGGUGCCUGCUUAUAUCAUUUGUAUGUUUGCACUGGAGAGAUUUGGCCGUAGGAAAUGUAUCUGUGCCUUCCACUUGAUAAGUGGCCUUGCCAACAUUAUAACUGUGUUCUUGCCAAAAACAACUGCAAAUGGUACUGACCUAUGGCCACUUAUUACAACUCUAGUGAUGAUUGGCAAGUUUGGAAUCACAGGAUCAUUCUGUAGCAUCUAUCUGUACUCUGCUGAAUUGUUCCCAACUGCUAUAAGGAAUACAGCUAUAGGGGUUAGUGCAUUUUGGGACACUGUAGGUGGAAUGUCAGCUUCUUUCAUAAUAUACAAGGGUAAGUUCGUAGAGUGGUUGCCAAGGUGCGUGUUUGGAACCUUAUCCAUAACAGCAGGUCUAUUAACCCUACUGCUGCCAGAGACUGUCAAUCGUCCUUUACCAGAGACUAUACAGGAAGUGGAACAGUUUGAUAAAGGGUUAAUAGAAAUAGUUCUACCAUGUGCUAGAAAACAUGAGAAGCGAAAUAAGUACAAGAUUAGUGAGUAAACUUGAAUAAGAUGCAAAGAUUGUGUUACUUUUGAAUACAAAGCUUAGUUGGCAGCUUAGUUGUCAUUAUGGACAAUGUUACAUGCACAAUGCAAUAAAAUACUCUAAGCUGAUUUGCUGAGACACAUCCCUCUAUUCAUCGGUCUAUUUACAUGUAUUGUUCAUUUGAACAUUGUUCGUUUGUUCAAAACUAUGUAUUGUGUUUAUUGGAUAUUCGAACAUGACUGUAUUCAUG